AUGCCAGUUGAAAAUUCAACAGCUGAAUCGUCCAGUUCAGCCAAUUUGUCUACUUCUGUUGGCUCAAAUGCCUUUGUUGCUCUUCAAAGUAGCUCGUCAAUCAAUGUGUCUGAGUUUGAGCUUGCACUUAAGGCUUUGCCAAUGAAAGUACGUGCCAGCACUGCCACAAUUUACAGAAUGCCCUUAGAACAUUGGAAGCCCAUUUUUAUAGUCGCAGAGAAUGAUGCUUCUAACAAGAACGGUAGUAAAAAGAUCAUUGAAGUCCCUUUGGGUAUUGAAGCUGUCAGCCAAUACAAGAAAUUCUUGAUAUUCUUGCAUGAAUUUCGGUCCGAGCGUCGAGAAGGUGGAUGGCCAUCUCCCAAGAAAACUAAAGAAGUGAUUGAAUUAAUCAAGAAGUAUAAGUAUAAUCUUGUUUACGACCAAGUGCAAACAAACGUGGAUAGGGCAGCCCAUUGCGUGAUUCAGGAUUCUUAUAAGUCUGACAAACUUAUAAGAAUCCUGAAGAUCCUUUGGACUUCUGACAGCAAAUCAGGCUUGCACGAGAUGUUUUCUAUCUCUUCCUGCCACCAUAUGCUACUUAAGGAUCAGGAUUUGAGAAAUUUAAACUUUGCAGAUUGCUUUUGCACGAUUAUUCCAAAGAAACAGCACAAAGGAAUGCAACAGGCUCUUGCUUUGGUUUUUAGUCUAGACAAGGGCAAGACUCUGAAGGAAGGAGAAGUCAAAUUUGCAUGUGCCAUGCGCCAUGAAAACGUAUUCAGAUGUCCUUUUGGUGCAUUUCCCUUUUUUAUGUUCAGUUUGCUUCAAACCAGUGGUGACUUCUUGAACGAAGACAGAUGA